AUGAUCAGAGUUCUGUUAAUCUUAGGCGUAGCCUUUGCCGAUAAGUUAGACCGAACUUAUCUUCCUCCUCCUGGUUCUGAGCUUUCUGGUGGGAAUCCUGAUGCUCUAGAAGUCCCAUUAGAACAACCUAAACUACAAUAUCCUUCAAAGGAUGAAUAUUUGAAAUCCCCUCAAGUUGCAAUUGGAAUAGAUAGACAGGGUCCAAAAGGACCACUUGAUAUAUAUUCUACAUUAAAUUCCUCUACAUAUACACCAGCAACAUAUGUUUUGAAUAAAGAUGUGUAUUCUACUACGAAACCAGGCGAUGACUUCUCUCAUUAUGUUCACGAUUUACAAAAUUCCUUCAACCCUAAUCCGUAUCAAAAUUUCAAUCAACCCGAACACAAUUCUUUUCCCCAUGAUAAUACGUUUCAAACAACUGAAAAUUAUCCACAACUUAUUCAAGGUGUUGUUAGUCGUAAAGACAAUUUCUUUGGUUUUUCACCCAAUCAAAUUAAAUCGCAGGGCGAAAAUAAUGACAGUGUCAAAGUUGAUAUUUCUAAUUCUUUACCUAAUAAAUCUGAUUAUGGUCAAAAUUAUUCUUCACAAACAGAUAAUAAUUUCAAACCAUCGACUUUGUCCCCAUCGAUUAUCUACAAUUAUAGUAGUACUGAAAACCCCAAGCAGUUUUAUUCAAAUACUCCAGCAACUCAAGAGAUAUCAGUCACCACCCCAAUUAGCCAUACUUCUUAUUACUCCCCUGUCUUUGAUUCUGCUUUUAUUGAAAAGCGUCCAGAAAGAAUUCAAGCCCAAACUGAUAGAGAAGCAGUUAUUCUUAAUUAUGAGAAUAGUAUUACUUCAGAUGGCUACGCUUACACCUUUGAUACUUCAAAUGGAAUUCAUGGAGAUGAAAGUGGAAUAGCUCAAAAUGGAGUUAAAGCUAAAGGUUCCUACUCCUAUGUUGGAGACGAUGGAAAACUCUACAGUGUUAAGUAUACUGCAGAUGAAUAUGGCUUUCAACCUCAAGGAGAACACUUGCCAACCUCACCCCCGAUACCGGAAGCCAUUUUAAAAGUAAUAGAACAAGCUUAUAAAGACAAAGAGGCUGGAAUUUUUGACGAUGGAGGAGAGUAUUAUGGAGAAGAAGCGACACAAAACAGUAACAACGAUGAUAGAGAGAGCUACCCAAUAUAUGAUGAGGAUAAUUUAAAUAGAAAAGAAUCAAAUCAACGUGAUGAUAGAAUCUUUAGGAAUAAUAGUCAAAUUAAAGGAAACAAAACUAAUUUUGAUCCUCACACAUCUGAUGAAGGAUAUUCGUACCAACAGGGAAUUUUAGACUCUGACAAAAAGUCACUUGUAUCUAUUAGCUCUAAGGGUUAUUCGUCUUCAACCGUAAAUCCAAAUGAAUUGACUACUCGAAUUAGCACGAAUACAUCUCAAUAUCCUGAAUUCAAUUAUGAAAAACCACAAAAUUCAACAAGUGAAAAAUCAAUUUUUUCCUCUAUAACAUCUACCAUUGUACCAAAAUAUCAAACAAAGACACAAUUAAAUGAGACAAAUGGUCUACCUAUCUAUGACAAUUCAAGCAAACCACCCGGAUUUAUAGAUCAAUAUGAUGAAAAUGUACAACAAAAUAUUGCUGUUACUGGUUACCCGAAAAAUAAAUUAAAUAAUACAACUCCAAGGUUGGAAUUAUCAACAAAUAUUCCAAUUUUUGGUAAUUCAUACGCUCCAAAUAUCGACAUCGUGCACACAGAUAAAACGACAACAGAAAAAAAUAUUGGCGAAGAUUUCAACGGUCCCAAACAAAAUCAAAGAUUUGAUCCAUUGUCUGGUUAUUAUUAUUAA